GGAGGGAGUAUUAUAGUAUUUUCUCUUUCUUCUUCCUUUCAUCUCUCUGUCUCUCGUGUUCUCUUUACUUCUGCAACUUCUUUCCCAGGUGUUGAUGAUGGUGGUGGAGAAAACGGUCUCAUGAUAAGUGGUGGUGGCUCUUGGUGGGCAGUGGUGGUGAAGAGACACUGUCCAGGUGAAAGGGAGGAAUAGACCGUGGACAGGAAAAAGGGUCUUUAAUUCUUUUAUUUUGAUAAUGAUGGUAAAAAUAAUUUUUAUGUUAUUUUUUUUCCCAAUCCAUAUGUUAAACCAAACGGCAUUAUGCGAUUUGUGAAUCCCUGAUUAAUCAAAUCCUUCCGUCAUCAUUCAAUUCCGUUUCCAGCUAACAAAACAAACGUCUCCUAACUCUUCUUUGUUGGCCAAUACGAUUUCAAGCAUUGAGGAAAACGUUUUUUAAUUUUCCUGCCACGUGGCCAGCAUAUACCUUCAGCAUUUUGGUGGGGUCCACGUUACUCAAAGAAAAGUAGUAAAAACAGAAUCCACGCACGCCAAUCCCUGACUUUUUAUUUUCCUUUCACCGGUAAACACCGUCUCACCACCACCUGUUUCCUGAACUCCGCCGUUGUCACCGCCGGGUUAAACGGAAAUAGGGCUUUGAUGAAUUAACUUCUAUGGAAUUUUAAGAGUGAAUCAUUUGAUGUUGCUGCUUGGGGAAUUUUAAGUGGUCGCAAAGUUUGUCCAACUAAUAAUGGCGGCUGGUUCUUUGCAACUUUCCCAUGAAUUGGGAGUUUGUACGAACCACGUGUGCAAUAAACAAUUUCGGAAUGUGACUGGACGGUACAAAUCAAGUUUCAUGGGCCGCAAAUUUACGUCGAUAACUUUGCGUAAUCCUUGGAAUCCACAUCUUUCGAGUAGAUCGCAUUGGCAGAAUAACUCGCUCCCCUCUCGACAGAAUCAGUUUAAGUGUAACGCUUCUCUAAUCCCCAGUCACACCGUGGACUUUUCUUUGGUUAAGAAUGCCGCCUUAACUCUAAUAAGAUCAUACAAUACUUAUCAAAGUAACCCAUUGGUGCAUAAGUUGGUGCCUGCAGUUGGUAUGGUUGUUUUUGCAAUAUGGGGUAUUGGGCCCCUUGUAAGGCAAAGCCGAAAUCUGUUCCUCCAUAAGAGUGAUAAUACUUGGCAAAAGAGUAGCACACAUUACUUAUUGACCUCUUAUCUACAACCGUUGCUGCUGUGGUCUGGGGCACUUCUUGUUUGCAGAGCAUUGGACCCAGUGGUUCUUCCUACAGAGGCCAGUCAACUUGUUAAGCAACGGCUGUUGACUUUUGUGAGAUCAUUGUCAACAGUUCUAGCAUUUGCCUAUUGUUUAUCAAGUGUGAUUCAGCAAGCACAGAAAUUCUUCAUGGAGACAAAUGAUCCAUCUGAUACAAGGAAUAUGGGAUUUCAGUUUGCUGGAAAAGCUGUGUAUACAGCUGUGUGGGUUGCUGCUGUCUCAUUAUUUAUGGAGUUGCUAGGUUUCUCGACCCAGAAAUGGCUAACUGCUGGAGGACUUGGUACUGUUUUGCUGACUCUGGCUGGUCGUGAGAUAUUCACCAAUUUUCUUUCAAGUGCAAUGAUUCAUGCUACAAGGCCAUUUGUUGUGAAUGAAUGGAUUCAGACGAAGAUUGAAGGCUAUGAAGUUUCUGGUACUGUCGAGCAUGUGGGAUGGUGGUCACCUACGAUAAUAAGAGGUGAAGAUCGUGAAGCUGUUCACAUUCCAAACCACAAGUUCACGGUCAAUGUUGUUAGAAAUCUGAGUCAAAAGACUCAUUGGCGUAUAAAAACCCACCUAGCCAUUAGUCACUUAGAUGUGAACAAAAUAAAUAGCAUUGUAGCUGAUAUGCGUAAAGUUUUGUCUAAAAAUCCUCAAGUCGAACAGCAGAAGUUGCACAGAAGAGUGUUCCUGGAGAAUAUUAAUCCUGAAAAUCAGGCCUUAAUGAUACUGGUGUCGUGCUUUGUGAAAACCUCCCAUUUUGAAGAGUACCUGUGCGUCAAGGAAACCAUACUGCUGGAUUUGCUCAGAGUCAUUCGGCAUCACCGUGCUCGUCUUGCCACUCCAAUUCGUACAGUGCAGAAAAUAUACAGCGAUGCUGAUAUGGAGAAUAUACCAUUUUCAGAUUCCAUCUUCAAUCAGGGUCAAGCGUCAAAACGCCCACUGCUCUUCAUUGAGCCUCCUUACAAGAUUAUCAAUGGGGAAGAUAGGAUGAAAAAUAAGGGUACAGUGAAGUCUUCAUCAGAUAAUAAGGCAGAUGGUAAAGGAACAGCAGUUCAAAAUUCUGAUUCUAAAGUAAAAGAAACUCCAUCCAAUGACAAGGAGACAGACAAGGAGACUUCAACAUCUGCUCCUCUAGCUAAUGCUAAGGAUGAGGAAGCACCAAAUCCCAACAACAAAGAAGCAGCAGUCAAUAAAGUUGAAGCAAAGCCUUCCGCAGGUCCCAAGCUCAGUGACAAAGUUCAAGUCAAAAUGUCAUCAUCAGCAGUGCAUAAGAGUGAAGAGAAGGCUAUUGACUCGCCAGCUGUUGAUCCCAAUCCCCCAGUUGAAAGCAGAACCCAAAAAGCAACUACUAGUAAGCAACCUAUGAAGGCUGUCCAGGGUAGUGCUCCAGGCAAUGGUACUGGAGAGGAUAGGGCAGUGACUUCGCCCACAACUAAGCAAACGAAACAAGAAGAUGAAUGGUUGCCUAGUUCACAGCCGGCUGCAGCAAAGCCUAUCAUAGAGGAGAACAUCGUGCUGGGCGUUGCUUUAGAGGGGUCGAAGAGAACCCUUCCAAUUGAAGAAGGGAUGGUCUCACAACCAAAUUCUGCUGCAGAGAUGAAGGAAAUGGCAUCGGUGCGGAGUGGAGGUGGUGGUCAGAUGGUGGACAAGGAUAAAAAGGAUAAUAAAGAUUCAGUAGACGGUCCCAAGUCAUCAUCAGAUCAGAGGGAUCAGCAGGAAUGAAUGUCGACGAUCUCUCUCGAGUCUUGACUAAUGCUAAAUAUUGUGCAUUUUUUUGGUUUUCCCUGUACAUGAGGGAAAUUCUAACUGCUGUACAUGAACAAAAGUUGGAUUUUACAGAGGGAAACGGGGAAAAAAAAAAAAAGAAAAACAGAAAAAGCGACCCAAAUGUGGAAUGGAAAUUUUAUUAAACCUCCACAAAGUCUGUAGAGAUUGCUAAAAUUCAAAGAUCGUUUUAAUGUUUGUUUUUAACAGUCCUUGAUUCUAUAGGAUCUCUUUUUAGAUUAAUUUCUCACUGCAUUUGUUUUACGUACAUUUAAUCUCAGUGUUCGACGCAUCGUGUGCUUUGUCUCGAUUAAUAUUCGUAAAAAAAUCUGAUCAUUAAACAAUAUGAAAUUGGGAA